AUGGUAGCGACAUAUAGAGAUACAAUUCCAAAUCUAGCUACUACAUCUGACGCGAGGAUCCUCGUGCAAGGCUUCACAGGAAAGGCAUCCACCUUUCACUCCCAGCUCUCGAUCGAUGUGGGUACAAAUGUUGUUGGAGGUACAAGCCCCAAAGCAGGCAAGGACAACAAGAAGCAUCUGGGUCAACCCAUUUUCAAGACUGUUCGAGAGCUGCGUGCCUCUUCCAAGGCGAAACGGCAGUUGGGCAAAAUAGAUGCCGCAUCGGUCUUUGUGCCUCCGGCACUGGCUGCCGACGCAGUUCUCGAAGCGAUUGAAGAGGAGAUUCCGCUCAUCGUCGCAGUAGCAGAAGGUAUUCCUAUUCGUGACCAGAUGCGAAUCCAUGCAGCUUUGCAUUCUCAGUCAAAAUCAAGGUACCUCGGAGCGAACAGCCCGGGCUACACGAAUGCAAUCGCUGGCGUACGAAUGGGCAUCGCCCCGGCGGCAGCAGCGCAAAAGGGGCGGGUCGGCAUCGCGGCGCGAAGCGGUACGCUUAGCUACGAAGCUACCGGUGCGACGUCCGACCUGGGUCUUGGACAGAGCUACGUGCUGGGUGUUGGCGGUGACUACUAUCCAGGCACGCGCAUGGAUGAGGCACUCGAAUUUUUCCUGAACGACCCUCAGACAGACGGUAUUAUUCUGAUUGGCGAAGUGGGAGGCAGCAUGGAGGAAGAGGCUGCCGAGCUGUUGAGCACACUAUCAAAUGACUCCGCCCGCACCCCGAAGCCAAUCGUAGGCUUCAUCGCUGGCACCAACAUCCCUCCCGGCCGCGCGUACGGGCAUUCGGGCGCGAUCUGGCGCGAAGGGGAAAUCGCUGGCGGCGACCCGAGAGAGAAGAUCAAGCAUUGGGAGCGAGCUGGGAUCAUGUUGGCGCCAAGCGUUGCAGACACAGCUGAGGUCGUGCUCGAGCAGCUCAAAGCGAUCGGCAAGGCGUAAGAGGCAUCGAGCGAACAUGCUCUGAUGCUUGUGCCUGUUUUUGUGCUCGUGUGACUGUUUCUUCAGGACGUACGCGUGCUCUACAAUUGCUAUUUAUAUUAAAACGACGGGGACGAACAGUGCCACGCAAACCUUGGGAUGGAAUUGCGGCUAGACGUGACAGCAGAGCCAAAGGCAUUAAGCUGCGCCGCUUCAUCCCCUGGGAGCUUGUGCAGCUUGCAACCCUUGCUAGCGCUUUGUACACUGCCUGCGAACCGACGAGUUGUUCCUAAGCUUCCGGCAUUUUCUGCAAGCACGUCUUCUCAUUGCCGUAUGGUCCCUUG